GACUUCCAACGACAACAUUAAUAUUAUAACAUCAAGUGGUACUGAUGUGGUGGGAGACGGCUAUAAAAACAGGGUCAGCCUGAACAGGUCAACUGGAUCUCUGGUGCUCAGAAACGUAACUGAGAAAGACAGUGGUGAAUAUGAACUGAUCAUUAUUAAAGCAAAAGCAGAGCAAAUUCAUGGGAUUAAGAAACUGGAGGUGCACAGCAAAAUGUCCGUGCCCACUGUGUCCUGUCACACAAAUUUAAUAGAGGGCAGCUCUGUCAACAUCACCUGUGAUGCUGAACACUCCUCUGCCCAAGUGUGGAUGAAGGAUGGCAAGCCUCUGGACUCGGGAGAUAGAUUCACUUUGUAUGACGGCAACAGAGUGCUGUCCAUCAGCCCUGUGGACAGAACAGACACUGGACAGUUUGUUUGUAAUGCCAGCAACAUAUUCAGCUUUGAAACAGCCUCAUGCAAAUUUAAUGUCAAUUAUGGCCCUGACAAGCCAAUAAUCACGCAGGAGCCAAUUGGUGCAGAGCUUGAAGAGGCCGUCACGUUGAGCUGCUCUGCUAACUCCUUACCAGGCGCUACAUUUACCUGGACAUUCAAAAACCAAAAAAUUAAAGGCCCGGUCUACGAAAUCUAUGAGAUGGAGGAGAAGCACCUUGGGCAGUACACACUCUUUCUGUUCCAUCAGUAG